GUUAGAGAUAUUGUUAUUAUUUUCUAGGGAUCUUAAUAUUUUAAUUAUGGUGUAUAUUUAUGUUUCCUAUUUUUAGAUGAUUUGUUAUUAAUUUCUUUCUUUAAGAAGGAAACAAAUCUCUUAGAUUAAGCAGUCUGUUACUGCCUUAUGUGUACAUAUAUUAGGGCUGAUUUGUACAGAAUAGUAAAGAAGUGAAUAAACCCUAAAUUUCACAUGGUAUCAGAGCUUUGGUUCUGAAAUCUUCAACCCUAAUUCAUACUGCUUUUUCCGACAAUAUCUUCUCCCAUCCAUCAUGACAACUCCUUCCAAACCUACCAGUUUUGAUGCAAUCUCAAAUGAGAUAUCUAGCCUUGAAACAGCAGUCCUUGGCAGCAAUGGGGGAGAUUCUCCAAACCUUCCUCACAUAUCUAUUACUUCAUACAAGCUCAACGGCCGAAACUAUCUUCAGUGGUCCCAAUCGGUGCUCUUGUAUAUCUGCAAUAGAGAGAAGGGUUAUCUCACCGGAGGAAAUGGCAGAUGAAUAUCGAAUUUGGAAGAAAGAGAAUAGCCAGGUAAUGUCUUGGCUAAUCAACUCCAUGAUGCCUAACAUUGGAGAAAAUUUUCUUCUACUUGAAACAGCUGCGGAGGUAUGGGAGACAGCAAAGGAAACUUACUCCUACAAAGAUAAUACUCCUGAACUUGUGACAAUCGAAGGUGCGUUGCAUGAUCUAAGGCAGGGUGAUCUCUCGGUGACAAAUUAUUACAAUAAUCUUCAACAAUACUGGCAGCAACUUGAUGCAUUUGAGAAAUACAAGUGGAGUACUGCAGAGGAUUCACAAUAAUAUAAGAAGAUUAUUGAGACAAAAAGGGUGUAAAAGUUUUGUUUGGGAUUAAAUCCAAACCUUGAUGCUGUGAGGAGUAGGAUUUUUGGGACUAAACCACUGCCUAAUCUUCGAGAGGCAUUUUCUGAAAUCAGACGUGAAGAGAGUCGUAGGACCUUGAUGCUGGGGGCUAAACCAAAAGAACCAAAGGAAGCUGGAGGUGAAGCUUCAGCUUUGGAAGUCCGCAGUACUCCAGAGGUACGAAAAGGGGGUUGGCCAUGGUGUGAUCACUGUCGAAAACCUGACCAUAUCAAGGACAAGUGCUGGAAAAUUUAUGGGAAACCGACAGAUUGGAAACCAGCCAAGGAACGAGACAGCAAGGCCAAUCUAUCAUCCUUUUCUGUGGCUGAACCAUUCAGCAAGGAACAAUUGGAAUUACUGCAGAAACUCAUUGCUCAGGAACAGCCUAGCCAAAUGGUAAUAGGUUCAAGGACGGUUGCACAAAAAGGAUUUGCACUAGGGGAAGAUGAUUGACAGUGCUAAAGGCUGUGCAGGACUCUAUUUUCUAGAAGUUCAACCCUCUCCAAUAAAUAAAACAUCAACAACAGUGAGUAAUAGUUCUUAUGUCAACAGUGUUAGCAAAAAUGAGUCUCUUAGAAUGUCUAGUCCUAGUCAGAAUGUUAUGUUAUGGCAUUAUAGAUUAGGCCACUCAAACUUUAUGUAUCUUGCUAAGCUGUUUCCAUCAUUGUUCGUUAAUAAAAAUCCUAGUGAUUUCCAAUGUGAUAUUUGUCAAUUCUCUAAACAUUCUCAUACCAGUUUUCCAAAUCAGUUUUAUAAAUCAACCAAGCCAUUCUCUAUGAUGCAUAGUGAUGUUUGGGGACCAUCACAAACUCCUAAUAUCACUAAUGCCCGAUGGUUUGUUUCAUUCAUUGAUGAUCAUACUCGACUCACUUGGAUAUUUCUCAUGAAACACAAAUCUGAGGUCUCUCAAAUUUUCAAAAACUUUAAUACCAUGAUUCAAACACAAUUUAAUUCAAAAAUUCAGAUUUUAAGAACUGACAAUAGCAAAGAAUUUUUUAAUU